AUGACGACUUCUUCCAUGCCAUCCAGAGUGAUCCCGUUGCCUUCACAAACUCAUGUGCAUCACUUGCAUGACCCGUGGACCGCCGAUUCAACAAGGAUAUCAGAAAGCACCUCAUUGAGAACUCGCUAUUGUUUGUUGUUAUGUACAGAACCACCGAUGAUUCAGUCAAUCCAGUGCAAUUUGAGCGUAUCAGCACUGAAGUCUGCAAGUCCAGAUAUGGCUGAUCACCGUUGCUCAGAAUGCGGUAUCGAAAUAAAGAAGGAAUGUGAAAGCCAAUAUGGUCUUGAGGCAAUUAGAUGGAUGCUUAACUGGGCAUUUAGAAAUGCUAAUCUGCACCGGGUGGAGUGCAAUGUGUUUGGUUGGAACACUGGCAUACAGAAGAUUUAUAAGAGUCUUGGCUUCUUUGAGGAGGGAAAGAGAAGAGAGUGCUUGUUUAAGGACGAUAAAUGGUGGGACGAAGUGCAUUUGGGGAUUCUCAAGGAGGAGUGGCAGCUAAUUGGACAGUGA